AUGAACAACUUCUUCCUUUUGAUUUUCGAAACCAUUGCCUCCUUGCAAAUCAAGUUCAAGAUCCAAAAAUCCACACAAAACCAGGAUAUCGUGUGGACGGGCGAAUCCUGGUUUUGCAGCAAUCAGGUGAAGCACUAUCCAGCUUGCUCCAAGGGCUCUACUUACAUACCCGUCCACUCCUUUGUAUGGAUCCUGGACGACGGUAAAAAAAGCUUCCCGGCCUACGUGGAAGACUUUUUCGAGGACUGCCGGGGCCAGAAAAUGGUCAAGCUGCGGCCCUUCCUCUCGGCCUCUGAAGUCGAGCCUCUGGUUCCCGGUCUGAACCCUCAUUCUCGAGAGGUCUUCAUAACCCCUUCUCGGUUGGAGAUCAGCGCAAGGCACGUCAAGGGCCCCGCGGAGGUUCUCACGCCCAAACAUUUUCUUCAGCACUCGUCAGCUGAAAGCUUGGUCUCGUACAGGGAGUUUGUGAACAAUCGGGUCAGGCCUUUUGCUCUGAAUGAGCUGUCGGGAUACGCGGACCAGCCGGCUGUCUCGUCUCGCGAGGAGGAAAUAAUGGGCAUUGUUUACGGGCUCCCUGCUGCAGGUGGGCCCCACGACACGGUCAUGUGGCUCAAGAGGGGCGAAACGGUAAAAAAGAGGUUGAAAAAAGCGAAGAAGGUAGAGGUCGAAAGCGAGUCUUUCCCCAAGGUCGGUGAGAAUGUGGAGAUUCUGUGUCAGGACAAAGGGGUGAAGGGCUGCUGGUUCAGGUGCAAGGUUUUGAGUAUGCUGCCAAAGUGCCUCAGGGUCAUGCACUGUGAUGUCAGCAAUGUCGAUGGGUCUGGGCAGCUGGAGGAUUGGGUGCCGAAAGCCAGAGUAGCCUAUCCUGAUGUACUGGAGAUGAGAUGCGAGGGCCGUCUUACAGUGAGACCGUGGCCUCAUUGGAACUCGUCCGACUUGGCGGCUGAGGUGGGUACCGCAGUUGACGUGUGGUGGUAUUCCGGCUGGUGGGAAGCUGUUGUGACCGGAAUCGACACUUCUGAACAACCCAAGAUUCAAGUCUAUUUGCCAGGCGAGCAAAAGUUCUUGUUCUUCGAGCGGAAGGACGUUAGAGCUUCCAAAGAUUGGGUUGGCGAACAAUGGGUGGAUGUGAAGCCGAAGCUCGACAUUCUUUCUUUCCUAAACUCGCAUCUGAACCCGCUGCCUAAAGUGAAACUCCCUCAGUUUACGUACUCUGGCGGAGUCGGAAGAUCUGAGAAUGGCAGCAAAUCAGAAUUGUCGAGUUCGUCUGGUUUGAAUCGGAAAAAGAAACAGAGACACGAUCGUGAUGCGAAUGAUAACAGUAUCAUUGCAGAGUAA